CUUCCCUGUCCAUCUCAACCAUUAACCACCCAUUCAUUGCGCGCCCUACCGCAUCCCGGCCGCCUCAAUACCUCCAACUCCCGAGAGCCCGACUGUCCCUUUCCCUCUGCAGCAUACUCAACUUUCCUCCUCUCUGAUCUGACACCUCACACACGGCCUAGUCGUCAGGUUUGCGCUGACGGCCACAACUCGCUUUUUAGUGUUCGUUAGCACCAGACGGACGAACCUUUUUUUGCCAGCGCCACCACUUCGCGCUUGAUUACUUUUACUUUACUUGGGCCUCGUUAUUCGUCCAUGGCGAGCUGAGUGUUGCCGCUCCUUGCACUUCGACUCUGGACCUGGGGGGGAAACAUCUGGCCAACCCACGACCUGGAACUCUUUCGGGACCAUCGCAGACUCGAUUCCCCACCAUCAGCAAUCUGCCCUCCCGAAUCGAACCUCAGCGACGAACGGACAGACGAUUGGCAUCCGUUCACUCUUUCCCUUCGACUGCGUCCUUCGCUGCUGCACGACGCCCGCUUCCCCUGACGCGACUGUUAGCCCAUCGUAUACUCUGUCGCGCGGAACGUCUGGAACAUUCCUGGCCACCGAUACCACCCCUUACUACCGAACCCCCGACCUCUCCUGGCCUUUUUUGUCCCCGUUUCGCUAUCCGUCGUCGAGCCUUCAUGCCUCAUGGAUUGUACAUGCUGUCAAAGAUGAACUCCCUGAACAUCAUCACCUCUCGCGUCUCUCCGCCGCCGAGCCCGGUUGCUUCGCGAUCUAACUCCAUCAGCUCCCUGGGUUUAGCCGUACAAUCUGACGACCAGCGCGGCGGCGAAAGCGCAGAGAACCACGGCGACGAUGACCAAGACGACGAGACGUUUCCGCUCGAGAAGUCCGCCUUCGAGCAGCGCAACGACAGCCAUGGGAUGGACCUCGCCAGCGAAGCAACACCGUUGAUAGGCGAAUCGACAAACCCGAGCUUGAGGUCGACCACAUGGCACUCCCUGCCGCGGCGCAUCGCUGCCGGUUUCAUCAACUCGCUCCGCUGGGUCUUGUCCAUAUUGGCCGUCCCGGGCGUCUAUCUGAUCUCAUGUUUGUGCGACGAACGAGGAAACUUUGCGCCCUUCUUUCAGUUUAAAAAGCUGUUGGGAUUUCACGACGGAAACGGGAAGCUUGCGACAGACUACCCUGACGCCAUGGACGAAAAGUCUGGUCGCCAGGGAAGUGCUGGAUAUGGAGGCGUUACUUACUCGAGGCCAAUGGGAUCCUCUGGGUCUUCUUCGUCAGGUGUAUCUUCGGAAUCGGAAUCGGAUGCAGACCGCCAACGCCGGGGUUCUUCUAGUCGGCACUCCCGCUCGAAAUCCGCUUCCGAGGAGAUUGCGCCUGCACGGAGAUCCAUACGCAUAAAACUACACAGCGAUGAUGCCCUGCCUCAGCGUAAGCAUAGGAAGACGCAAUCUGCAGCAGCACGCUCCAAAGGCAACGGCGAACCCGGCUCCUCCGACAUAUCCGCACAGCUCAAGUCGCCGACAUCUCCUGCUGGCGCGCUGACCCGUUAUCCUAAGACGCCGGCCCCGCCUCGCCCCUUGAUUCCUCGCAGACAGCCUUCGUACCUCAACCUUGAACCUUCGACCGACCCCAAAUACCAGAAGACGCUAAUUCUGGACCUCGACGAGACUCUGAUUCACAGCAUGUCCAAGGGGGGACGCAUGAGCACCGGGCACAUGGUUGAGGUCAGACUGAGCCAGACCUACGUGGGCGCCGGAGGACAAACGUCUAUCGGACCGCAGCAUCCUAUUCUCUACUGGGUCAACAAGCGCCCGCACUGCGAUGACUUCCUGCGCCGGGUUUGCAAAUGGUACAAUCUAGUUGUCUUCACAGCUUCGGUUCAAGAAUAUGCAGAUCCCGUCAUUGACUGGUUGGAAGCCGAGAGGAAGUUUUUUUCGGCGCGAUACUACCGACAGCACUGCACAUUCCGGCAAGGAGCCUUUAUCAAAGACCUCAGCUCGGUUGAACCAGAUUUGAGCAAGGUUAUGAUCUUGGACAAUAGUCCGUUGAGUUAUAUGUUUCAUCAAGACAAUGCGAUUCCUAUCCAAGGGUGGAUCAACGAUCCGACGGACAACGACCUCUUGCACCUGGUGCCACUGCUCGAAGGUUUACAGUAUGUUUCGGACGUGAGGGCGCUACUUGCAUUGCGCGGAGGCGAGGACGGUCAGCACAUGGCGUAGAGUUUGGGUCUGUAGAAGGAACUUUGGUGUACUGGCAUGGGAACAACGAGGCGAACACCGACGGCUUCAACUACGUGGUGUAGGUCUGUAUUAAUAUUUUGAUAAAGUGACGGGAGACAAGUAGUUCUUGUGGUGGUACGACGUGUCGUCGGCACGGCUCUGCAAAGCUUCAAGAACACAUGCCAGGGCACCAGCCUUUUAGCGAUUGCCAAAGUCCACACCAAAAGUUGUCGCGUAUUUGUAAGACAGUACUGCAGCGUUUGGCACUCGGUAGAUGGCGAAUAUUGUUUCUGGUCAGUGUUGACAUUGAACGUCUGCCAGCCCGGCGACACGUCCGUUUGUCUCUGUUCUCUAUGCGCCCGGGCUUGAUUAACGUGGGACCUGAAGAGGGCGACUCUGACGAACUACAUAACAUGCGGGAAUGAUACAAUGCAUACGUAAGGGUCCCAGUCGCUGGAGCUACAUCCAGAAGCUAUCUGCGUUGGCGGCAGUUGAGGCGCAGCCCGAAUGGGCCCGACAUGGUGGAUAUGAUACAGAAUGGACUGGCGACAAGGUGAAUCUGCCUUGGCCGUAGUAGGCAAGAAACGAAAUCCCAUCUGUACCACCU